CGUUGUUGUUUCCCCGGUGGAAAACUGGCGCACAUCUGCUCCAACUGUUGAACGUCUCCCGUGGGGUUGCUCGGGACCGGGGAAAGUUGCGCAAUCCGGAGGUACGAUCGCUUCGCAGGACUCGAGUGAGGCCAAGCCACACUCGGUUGGCAAACAAGUGGUUUCGGAGAUGCGAUGUUUGGACACGACUGAAGGAGCAGCCAGUCUUCAUCUUGCGGCGCCGAUUUGACGAUGAUCAGCUCCGUGUGCGUUUCGUCUUACCGAGGGCGCAAGUCCGGCAACAAGCCUCCGUCCAAAUCAUGCCUGAAAGAGGAGAUGUCCAGAGGUGAAGACUCGGAUAAGAUCAUCAUCAACGUAGGUGGCAUCCGACACGAGACCUACAAGAGCACCCUCCGCACCCUGCCGGGCACCCGCCUGGCAUGGCUGGCCCACCCGGAGCCGCAGGUACAGGUGCAGGGCUCCGAAGAGUCGUGCACCUCGCCGCCGCCGAGCAGCAGCGCCGGCGAGUUGUUCUUCGACCGCCACCCGGGCAUCUUCGCCUACGUGCUCAACUACUACCGCACCGGCAAGCUGCACUGCCCGGCCGACGUGUGCGGGCCGCUCUUCGAGGAGGAGCUGGCCUUCUGGGGUAUCGACGAGACGGACGUGGAGCCGUGCUGCUGGAUGAAUUACCGGCAGCACCGCGACGCCGAGGAGGCCCUGGAGACCUUCGAGCCGCCCGAGCCGGACGACAACGCAGACGACGACGAUGACGACGGCGACGUGACGCGGCGCUUCGGCAUCGAAGAGUGUCCGGGCAGGUCCAAGAGCUGCUGCCAAGUUUGGCAGCCCAAGAUCUGGGCCCUGUUUGACGACCCCUACUCGUCCAGAGCAGCCAGGGGAGUGGCCCUGGCGUCCCUCUUCUUCAUCCUGGUGUCCAUCACCACGUUCUGCCUGGAGACCCACGAGGCCUUCAACGAGCUCCAGAACCGAACAGAGCUGGUGCUGGUGGGUAACGUGACGCGAGCCGAGGAGCGCUUGGAGAUGGUGACCAAGCCCGUCCUCACCCUGGUGGAGGGCGUAUGCGUGCUGUGGUUCACUUUUGAGUUCCUGGUUCGGAUCGCGUUCUGCCCGGACAAGCUGCUCUUUGUGAAGAACUCAUUGAACAUCAUUGACUUCGUGGCCAUCCUGCCCUUCUACUUGGAGAUGGGCCUGAGCGGCCUGUCGUCCAAGGCGGCCAACGACGUCCUGGGAUUCCUGCGAGUGGUCCGCUUCGUCCGCAUCCUUCGGAUCUUCAAGCUGACCCGACACUUUGUAGGUCUGCGCGUGCUCGGGCACACACUAAGGGCGAGCGUCAACGAGUUCCUGCUGCUUAUCAUCUUCUUGGCUCUUGGAGUUCUUAUAUUCGCCACCAUGAUUUACUACGCCGAGCGGAUCGGAGCCAGUCCGCACGACCCUACCGGUGCCCACCACACGCACUUCAAGAACAUCCCUAUCAGCUUCUGGUGGGCCGUGGUCACCAUGACCACACUUGGCUAUGGAGACAUGUACCCGCAGACGUGGCUGGGCAUGAUGGUGGGGGCCUUGUGCGCCCUGGCCGGUGUGCUGACCAUCGCCAUGCCCGUGCCAGUCAUCGUCAACAACUUCGGGAUGUACUACUCGCUGGCCAUGGCCAAGCAGAAGCUGCCCAAGAAGAAGAAUAAGCACAACCCCAAUCCUGAGGCUCAGACUGACUCGGCUUCCUUUGGAAAGUCGGACAGCAACUCAUGCAGGGAAAGCACUCAGAGUGACACGUGUCCUCUGGCGGCCGACAGCAAUCGAGCAGACUCCAAACAGAACGGCGAUGCGAACGUGGCCCUUUCUGAGGAGGAAGGCUGCAGCUUGACACAGCCGCUGUCCCCCAGUGAAAAAUGGUCCCUGCGCUGCCCCCGAGGGCGAGAUCGGACCAAGAAAGAAGCUUCAUGCUUCCUGCUCACCCCCGAAGAGCCAAGUGUCCACUAUGAGACUUGUAAAGACAAGAUGGCGUCGCCUGCAAACUUCACUAAGCCGGAAGUGGCCACACUGACUGGAUGCUGA